AUGAGUCAUGCGUUUCAACUGAAUCAGCCUGCCAGUGGAUUUGUCAUCACUCUCUUCAGAGCUUAUGGCUGGCAGACCGAAUGGGUACUAUCAUCGGAGGGAAUCUCCUGCAUCUGCUUCCAAUGGGUAUCACCAAGAAAAUGGCCAUUGAAUGGACGACGGUACGAUGCUUACGAUCGACCACAGAGACCUUCAGACAUCAGGCAACUAGAUCCCGAGGAAGCAUCAAAAAGAGCUAGAACGCUGUACAAGAUUGCUCCCACGCAAGAAAUGUUAAGUCAGCGAGACGGCAGUGUGGUAAUGUGCCGGUACAACCCAACCCAUAUACUUGAUCUUUGCAAUAUUGAUGCUCAUCAGCUUAACUGUAAAGAUCGUAGACGCCUGGAAACAUUUGGAUGCAAAUAUGGAGAUGAGCCGCAGAGCAACCAGCGUCGCUGAUUCUCAGAUUCGAAUUCUUUGAUGGAUUUAUCUUUCAACGAAGCAUAAUCGAAGGUCUUAUCUCCACGCACUUCACUCUGCGCUUCUGUGAUUCAUUUGUCGCAGAUUACCAAUUAUAUAUUGUCUUAUGUCUUUGGUUCCUGACUAUUGUCAGCAAUCAGAAUCCAAUUAUCGGUUGUCUUUCCACUGUAAUGUAUAACGUUUUGUGUUUGGAUGAUCUUUCUCAUCUGUCUUGUUUGUUUUAUUGGCUCAAAGAAGUUAU